AUGGCAUGUCAGCCUCGUCGCCUCCUUGCCGUUGCUGUUGCCGUCGCCGCCGUCCUCACCCUCGCCACCACUCUCCUCGCCUCCCCCUCUACGUCCACCAACACCGCAGACAGCCUGUCUUUUGGCUCAUCCUUCGCCGGCAACGAGACCCUCAUCUCCAACAGCAGCGUCUUCGAGCUUGGCUUCUUCACGCCGGAGGGGGGCAGCGGCACGUAUCUCGGCAUCUGGUACCAUGGAAUCCCGGAGCCGACCAUUGUUUGGGUCGCCAACCGAUAUUUAGAAGUCAGGGGGCCAUGGCCCCCUUUCAAAUGCACUAAGCUCCGCCAGUGGUCGGUUCCCCUGGCCGGCGGGCAGCUCCAGGUCGUGGACGGCAACACGGUGCUGUGGUCAUCUUCGGCGGGCAAUGUGACCGGCAGCGCCGCACGACUACUAGACACCGGCAAUUUCGUGAUCAUCGUGAAGAACACAAGCUCCGACGAUGAUGAAAGCAUAUCCUGGCAGAGCUUUGAUCACCCGACCGACACCCUGCUCCCCGGGAUGCAGCUGGGACUGGAUCUUCAGUCCGGCGUCAGCACAAGCCUCACUGCUCGGACAAGUGUGACUGAUCCAUCACCGGGUCAACGGAGUUUGAUUUCACUGUCUCUGGCUCCAGCUUCAGUUACUCUGUUCGCAUUGCUUCGCUUCUAUCCCGCUUAG